AUGAACGAUGCGACGACUUCUUUGCUCACUGAGCACUUUAGCUACACCCCGCUGUCUCUCAUAGAUGAUAUUAUCAAUUCGAUCAACAAUUUGAUAUAUCAGGCUAUCUCCGGCCUGGAGACUAGUUUAAUCGCCACUCCACCCGAGCGCUUAGGCUUCGCGCACGCCAACAACGGUUCUACUAUUCCCGAAACCGACGAAGAUGGCAAUGUUCUCUACCCAGAAGCAAAGCUAGAGUUGGAAAAUGGUUUGCACCAAUUGGAGACACUCCUGGAAGCCAAUGUCGACAAGGCAUUCGACAAGUUUGAAAUUUACGUGCUGAGAAACAUUCUCACUGUACCCGAAGACCUGCUCCCGUGGGUUAGACUCAAGCAUUACCAGGAUCUCUCGUUCACCCCCUCGCCGAACUCACCCACUCCCGAUACCAUCCUCGCGCAGCGCGAGAAGCUGCUCGAAACCCGCAAACUCAACCGAUCGCUGAAAGAUGAAUGCGCCAGAAAUAAUGCGGUUAUAUCUCAGCUAAAGUCCAUACUGUCGACCGUGGAGACCGCCAAACUAGAGAGCGCAGAGACCAAGGCCGCGGGACCGCUGGAUCUCUCCUUCUUGACAUCUAGCCCGGCUGCGCGUCAGCUUCGCGUUGGCGUGGAUGCUGGUGCCAACGUCCGACAUACACCCCUGACGACGAAUACGGCUUUCAUCCUUUCGCAACUUCCUGCGCUACAGGUAACGCUGCAGGGCCUGCGACCUAAGUUGGCUAGUCUGCAAGGCUCUGGGAAGGCAAUGGAGGCCAAAUCGAAGCGUGAUGAACGGAAGGCUUAUAUUGAGAGUCGUAUCAGACUUCACCUUGAACGGGCUGGACAGCUUGCGAUGAGUGAUGAUGGAAACCCAGUCGUAGCAGGUCGUCGCAUCGAAAUCUCCGAGGCACAUGCGCUUGAAAACGUGACCAAGAUGUUGACACAGGAACCCAAACUCUCUUAG